AUGGAAGGAAUCAUUUUAGCAUCUGCAGCAAUCGCGACUGUUUACAUUGGCUCAGAAUGGUCAACACGCGAAACAAAUCCAGAAGAAAAGCAUACAAUUAAUAAGAAACUUGCAGCAUUAUUUCCUGUGUUUGGUGGGCUUACGCUUGUAGGCAUGUACCUGAUUCUCCGUUAUUAUGGGAAAGAGUAUAUCCAGAUGAUUUUACAGGGCUAUGGCAGUUUUGCAGCAGCUAUGUGCUUUUUACGGACCUUGAAUCCCAAAUCUGCUCUUGGAAAGUCUCUUUGUUUACUUUUGACAGCUGUAAUUACUGUCCACUAUGUAAAAACAAAGCAUUGGUUCACUUCGAACUUGCUUGCGUGGACUUUGGCAGCCAAUUCCAUUAGUAUGAUGCGAAUUGAUUCCUUUGCUACUGGAGCUGUUCUUUUAGCUUGUCUUUUUGUUUACGACAUUUACUUUGUUUUUGGCACCGAUGUCAUGGUCACUGUAGCAACUGGGAUCGACAUUCCAGCCAAAUACGUGAUUCCCAAUUUUUCAAAGCCUGGUCGCUUCUCUAUGCUUGGUUUGGGCGAUAUUGUUAUGCCUGGACUUAUGGUCAGUUUGAUGCGUCGUUUCGAUGUUAGCAAUGCGCAGACGUCCAAGAAUACGAAUACAUCUACCCCAUACUUCAAAUGGACCCUUCUUGCUUACAUCCUAGGACUUGCUAUCACCAACUUUGCCUUGUAUUAUUUUCGUGUUGCACAACCAGCACUCCUCUACCUCAGUCCUGUCUCUAUCCUUGCACCUCUUUUCACUGCUUGGCGCCGCAAAGAGUUACCCUCUUUAUUUGCCUUUCGUAGUGAAGAACAAAGUGCUUCCGACGACAAAAAGAAUGACUCUACCCAAGAAAUCCGUAAUAAGACUCGCAAAUCUCUUCCUUACAUGACGUGA